AUGGCUUCUUUUUGGGAGCAGCCGGACAGACACCGGCGGGGUAUCGAGGCACUCCUUGCUGACAUGCCCAAGGACGCGGUAGAGGAGCUUUCCACCCUCCUCCAGGAGCAGGGGAUUGAGGCCUGCUCUCCCCAGGACUUCCUUAGCACCCUGCCUACCGCCUCCAUGCAUGCGUCCACUCUAGCGCUGGUCCGCAAGCUCAGGGAUCACGCGGUCCAAGCUGCCAGACAGGCUGAGGCCUCCUCUUUCGAGGAAUGGCUGGCGCGGCCUUUCGAGCGGCUGAAGUAUUGGGCGGAACUGUGGCGAGCCCAGGGGCGGCCACCCCCUCACUUCAGCGAGCUGCGACGACAAGCGGUAGCACAGGCCCGCCAGCUCCCGGCGGUUACCGGACAGCACAUGUACCGGUACAUCCGCUCCAUGCCCAACAAGGCUCCGGGGCUAGAUGGCUGGGACGUGCCGUUUCUGAAAGCGCUUACGCGCGAGGAGGUCUCGACCCUCGCGGAGCUAUGGCGUGCUGUGGAGCUGGAAGGAGCUCUUCCACACCCCUCCUCCUUCACCCAGUAUGUCAUGCUCCCUAAGAACGACAGGGUCGAGAGGCCGAUAGGCUUGAUGAGCACUUUAGUCAAGCUCGGCAUGAAGUGCAGGUGGGAGCUGGCCAGCCGGUGGAUCGAGUCCAACCGCGCGGCCCUCUGGUGGGAUUCGGCCCUUCCGUCCCGCAGCACCCACGACGCCUCCUUGAGGAGGGCUUUCCUGUACGAGGCCUGUCGGGUCGACAAGGUGCAUCGUUGCACCAUCUUCUUCGACCUCAGCACCUUCUAUGAGCGCGUCAGCCACGAGAGGCUUGUGGAGGAAGCCGCCGCAUGGCAAUUCCCCCCGCUACUCCUCAAUUUGGGGAUGGAGGCGUACAGGGGAGGCCGCAUCGUGACUUCUGACUCUGUGGCGUCACCAUGCGUCUAUGCCACGCGCGGCAUAGUGAUAGUGGCAGGGUGCCCUUUGGCACCCACCGUGUCAAAACUCGCGAUAGGGAAGCCCAUC